AUGCCUGCCUGCUCCUCCUCUCUGCUCUGCCUGAUCCUCCUGCUGCUGGGGGGCUGGGUGCUGUCUAUCUGUCCCUCUGUGUGCCUCUGCAGACAGGGACACCGCGUGGUGGACUGCUCCUCACGAGGCCUCACCAAACUGCCGCCUGGUCUGCAGCACAACAUCCACUUCCUCAACCUGUCCUUUAACAGCCUCCAGGGUCUGGACAGUCAGCUCAGUCAUUAUGCCCACCUGCGGACACUGGACCUGUCCUAUAACCGCCUGGAGAGCCUGCCCCCCGCCUUGCCGCGGUCUCUGUGGGACAUCCGGGCGGCGGGGAACCACCUGCGUUCGCUGGACAAAAACGACACAGCGUACCACUGGAACCUAAAAGUCCUGGACCUGUCGGACAACGAGCUGGAGAGAGUGGUUUUCAUCAACAACACGCUGCCCAGCCUCCGAGCUCUCAACCUCAGUCACAACAGGUUCUGGACUGUGCCCACCAACAUGCCGCACAACCUCGAGAGCGUUGAUCUGUCACAUAACUACCUGGUGCAGAUCUUGCCUGGGUCUCUGGACCGGCUGCCCAGGCUGGCUCAGUUCUACCUGCAUGCUAAUCGCUUCUCCUGGUUGUCUGAGGGGGUGUUUGACAAGCUGACGGGGCUGGAUGUCAUGACUCUGGGAGAUAACCCCUGGGCCUGUGAAGAGGAGGAGAAUAUCGCGAGGCUGCUCAGGUGGGCUGAGCAGACUCGUGCCACAGUCUUAGGCUGCCCGUGUUACACGAGACCCAUCUGUGGACAAACCCACCCAGCGACACCGGGGAGGGAGUGGCACUCUGCACUGUUCACAGAGCCCCCGCUCUGGGUCAACGGCAGAGGUGAAGGACACAACAGUCAGUCGCCUGCGAGGACUGCAGAGGUCACGUCCAGCUACCAGGCCAAGUCUGCUCUCUUUGAGACCGGGAUCUAUCAGGGCAGCAGAGCAGGGAACGAGUCUGGAGACAACCUGCUGGUCUGGACAUCUUCCAGCACUUUUGACAGUUUCUCCACUAGCACAACGACACGCCCACCGCCUUCAACCACGAAGCCCAAAGUCUCGCACUCACAGAAUCAAGGUUGCGGCCUCCUGGUGGAGACUCAGCCGACUGUCACUCUGACUGUUUUGGUGAUGACAGUAGCAAUCAACAACUUCUGA